AUGACCUCCGAAACCCGCACCCAGCCAUUCAGCAUGAGCCCCGUGAGCCCCGUGAGCCCCGUCGACAUUGAGCCGCGACAAUACCGCCGCGGGUCCAUGGUCGACGACGCCAUGGCCGAGCCGUUCAUGCGCGUAGGCCGCCGCGGCAGCGAUGGCAGCGAUGGCAGCCUCUCGCCAAUAGAGAAGCGGGAUCGCAGGAUGAGCAAGGAGUGGGAUGCCUCAAAAACACCGCCGUCGAGAUUCCAGAAGCAGGAGGGUUCGAUUUUCGCAACCCCCUCAUCGCGUGACGGCCAUGUCGCCCGGAAUAAGAUCCACGGCUUCAAGGAGAAAGUCAAGGAGCUCAGUGGGAAGAAAUAA